AUGCACCACCACGUUUCUCAAAACUGCACUGAGGUAACCCCGCUCUGCCCGGUCGAGAAUACCAUCUACGGAUAUGCCCCAAACCUUGGCUUGAAUGCCUUCUUCAUCGCUAUAUUUGCGCUCUGUGCUCUAGCUCAAUUCUUCCUGGGGACGAGAUAUAAAACAUAUUUCUUUGCUUAUGUCGUCACUAUGGGCUGCAUAGGCGAGGCUACUGGUUACGGAGGGCGUAUAAUCAUGCAUUCAAACCCAUAUUCAUCGCUCGGGUUCAAAAUCCAGAUCUCCUGCCUCAUCUUCGCCCCAGCCUUCAUCGCAGCAGGCAUCUACCUGACUCUCAAACACAUUGUCCUCGCCUUCGGCCAAGAUAGAAGCAAGAUCCCGGCUCGUUACUAUACCUGGAUCUUCAUUUCCUGCGAUUUCAUUUCCUUGAUGCUCCAGGCCGUAGGAGGUGGCUUCGCCGGUAGUGCCGAGAACGACGUGAAGUUGAGAAAUAUUGGGACAAACCUGAUGAUUUCGGGUAUCGUGUGGCAGGUAGCGACUCUGAUCGCGUUUGCUGGAUUGGUCAUCGAUUACAUUAUUCGAACACGACGAGCUUGGAAUGGUGUAACUCCUGAAGCUAAGAGUCUCCUGAGGCAGAGAAAGUUCCGCGGGUUUCUGGCGGCUGUGGCUAUCGCGUUCGUGACGGUCUUUCUGAGAUGCGUGUACCGUAUUACAGAGAUGGUGGGAGGCUGGGCAAAUCCGAUUAUGAGGGAUGAGAUUGGUUUUGAUAUCAUGGAGGGAAUCAUGAUCAUUAUCGCUGUCUUAGCCUUGACAUUCUUCCAUCCUGGCUUUUGCUUCCCUCAGUUGGCGGGCCAGCAAAGAGCGAAGGCUCCACCUGAACUUGAAUCUUUAGAUGAAAGCGAUGCCGCACUUCGAGAGGAGAAGAUCCAAGAACCGAAGCCGGUUCAAAUCUCAACAAUUAAGGAGUAAAGCAGCAUACCGAUUACUCUCAAAUAGUAGGUGCUAGAAUGACAAAGGCGACUUCGAACAAUGAGGGACAGCACAUUAAUG